AUGAUGAGAAAACUAGAGAAAUCAGUGUUAUUGUUGAGAGAGACGAAGAAUUCGUUGUGGUUGUUGCAGAUUGACGUUGAUGUGAUGUGCGAAGAGUUGUUGCUGUUGCGGUUCCGUCACAGAGAUCUUAGAGGGGAUAAAGAUGAUGAACUUGUAGAGAAAUUCAAAGAGAAUUCAAAGGAAGUUGCGGAGAAUUUGAGACUGAUGAAACAAGCUGCAUUUACAGGAGACUUCGAAAUGAUGAUGAUGUUGUUGCUUGUAGUGGAAGAAGUUUUGCAACGUGCUGAGAUGAAAGAUGAUCAUUGA